CACCUGAUCUGCGGCUGCAGGGGUGGCCUAGGCAGUGGAGACCGAGGAUAUGAUGGCGGCGACAGCAGUGGCUUGGGGACGCAUGGGGACGCGGCGGGCCCCGGCAUUCUGGCAGAUGCAGUGGUUGCUGCUGUUCCUGGUGGCGGCGGCGGCGGCGGCGGUGGCGGAGCAGCAGGUGCCGCUUGUGCUGUGGUCGAGUGACCGGGACUUGUGGGCUCCUGCGGCCGACACCCACGAGGGCCACAUCACCAGCGACAUGCAACUCUCCACCUACUUAGACCCCGCCCUGGAGUUGGGCCCCCGCAAUGUGCUGCUGUUCCUGCAAGACAAGCUGAGCAUUGAGGACUUCACAGCAUAUGGUGGUGUGUUUGGAAACAAGCAGGACAGUGCCUUUUCUAACCUGGAGAAUGCCCUGGACCUGGCCCCCUCAUCUCUGGUGCUUCCCGCUGUUGACUGGUACGCGGUCAGCACUCUGACCACUUACCUACAGGAGAAGCUUGGGGCCAGCCCCCUGCAUGUGGACUUGGCCACACUGCGGGAGCUGAAGCUCAAUGCCAGCCUCCCGGCCUUGCUGCUCAUCCACCUGCCCUACACAGUCAGCUCAGGUCUCAUGGCGCCAAGAGAAGUCCUCACAGGCAAUGAUGAGGUCAUAGGACAGGUGCUGAGUACGCUCAAGUCCGAAGAUGUCCCGUACACAGCAGCCCUCACAGCUGUCCACCCUUCCAGGGUGGCCCGUGAUGUAGCCAUGGUGGCUGGGGGACUAGGGCGCCAGCUGCUGCAAAAACCCCCAGCAUCGUCUGUGAUCCAUCCCCCUGUGAGUUACAAUGACACCGCCCCCCGAAUCCUGUUCUGGGCCCAAAACUUCUCGGUGUCAUACAAGGACCGUUGGGAGGACCUGACCUCCCUCACCUUUGGGGUCAAGGAGCUCAACCUGACGGGCUCCUUCUGGAAUGACUCUGUUGCUAGGCUCGUACUGACCUAUGAACAACUGUUUGGUACCACGGUGACAUUCAAGUUCAUUCUGGCUAAUCGCUUCUACCCAGUGUCUGCCCGGCACUGGUUUACCAUGGAGCACCUUGAAAUCCACAGCAAUGGCUCCGUCUCCUACUUCAAUGCUUCCCAGGUCACAGGGCCCAGCAUCUACUCCUUCCACUGCGAGUAUGUCAGCACUCUUACUGAGAAUGGCAACCUCCUUGUGCCCCAGGCACAGCCCUCUCUCUGGCAGAUGUCUCUUCAGGACUUCCAGAUCCAGGCCUUCAACGUGACGGGCGAGCAGUUCUCCUAUGCUAGUGACUGUGCUGGCUUCUUCUCCCCGGGCAUCUGGAUGGGGCUGCUCACCUCCCUGUUCAUGCUCUUCAUCUUCACCUACGGCUUGCACAUGAUCCUCAGCCUUAAGACCAUGGACCGCUUUGACGACCACAAGGGCUCCACCAUCUCUUUGACCCAGAUUGUGUGACCCUGCGCCCUGGGGCAGGCGGGUGUGUGGUGUCCAGGUUGUCACUUUCCCACCUGGAGGCAUGCUGGACUGAAGGGCUUCCUCUCUUUCUUCCAUAGCAUGAACCCCUGUCUCCCCUCAAUUUGUCUUGCUCCCUGUUCAACUCGCUAAUGGUCUUCCCUAGGGCUGCCCACCCUCCCAUUUCUACCCAUGAGGUGUAUGUAUUCUGCAUAGACAAAUCUCCCAGCCUGUCAUUGUGAGGGGAAGGGGACAUGAGUUCUAGGGCCCCCUCCUCCCCCUUUCUCCUUACUCUUAUCUCUCCACCGUUAUUUACCCCGAGCUGUUUAUAGUGCUUUUGUGUAGGCAGUGUCCCUUUCCCAGGUUUUAUGGGGUUCACUGCAGCAGCCAGGAGCUGGAGGUUCCCUGAGCUUGGGUGUGUGUGGAAGUACUAUUUAACUGUCCAGCUUGGCUGGCAUUAUUGCAGUUUGGUGAUGUUGUGCUAACAGUAAGCAGUAUCCUGGGUUUUAUUUCUGUGGCCUGACAAGGAAGGGACCUCCCAGGCAGGUGGGCUGGGUGUGGCCACUACAUUUCUGGCAUGUUCCGGCCAGGAAUGCCUGGGAUAAUUGGUGGUUUCCUCCUUAAUAAAAUAAAGACGGGUCGCCAUG